AGUAAAAAGUGAGGUUACGUAUACUUUUCUUUUCAGUUGAGUUAAGUCAAAAGUUAUAAUAAAUUUAGGGUCAAUUUGUAAACACGUUGUAUAAAAAACGUUUCAAAAACAUCAAUAAAUCUUGCGCAAAACUUUAAAAUACAACGUAACAUAACCUCAAACAUUUCCACUGACGUUACAAGUGCAGCUGUUACGCCCCCCUUUGCUUGAAACUCGCACCUAGGACUCCUUCACGUACUCACGCAAGUGAAACAGGCCCGUUUUAGCCGAAAAGACCCCAAACUUGGCUAAAAAUGUAGGAGCCCCCCAGCCACCCAAAUGCGUUCUUCUGUAAGCUACAUCUUAUCCAGCAGUACCAGCGAGCCGAACAUGUCUCACCCAGACUACGAACAGUACUCGCACGACCACGCCGCUCUCCUGGUGCUCAUCCGCCACAUCGGCUCCCAACUCAAGCCCAAAACCUUCGUCAAGUUCUACGACCGAAUCUCCAAACUGACGUCGGUCCGAAUAACCGACUCGACUGGCAACGUGCGCACCAUUUUAGUCCGAUACGUGAAGGAGCACCCCGUGGAGAACAACGACUGGGGGGACUUCCAAACCCACCGGCGCCUCUUGGGGCUCAUCUCGCUGGGAAAGUACGACUCCCAACAAGAACUGAACGAGAUUUGCCGCGUCCACGAGAGUCUCAAAGUCAAGUACACGAGCACGUUGUUCGACUCGCGGUGCAUACUUUUCGGGCCCACGAAAGAAGGGGGUAGUUCUUCGGACACGUCCACCUCGAGCCCGAACAGCGACAGUAGUGGCAGCCCCGCGGAACAAACAAUCGAGAAGUUCACGACCCCCAGCAACUUCAAGACCCGGGGGCUGUUUUACGACGAAGCGGCACCGUGUUCCGACCUUGAAACCCAAAUCGUGGAGUUUAUUAAUUCGCUGUUCUGGGUGCUGGAGUCGAAGAGGCUGGAGCGGUCACGGGAGAAGCUCGAACGGGUGUCUUUGUUGUUGGCGCCUUUCGAGAAGAAGGAUUUCGUGGGGCUGGAUAUGGAGUCGCGGAAUAAUAAGAAGAAGUGUACGGGGAGGAUGACCAAGCAUUUGGGGGAUUUGUGUUUGCAGGCGGGGUUGCUGGCGGAGAGUUUGACGUACUACGGGAACGCGGCGGAUACGUUGAAGACGGUGAACGAUUGGCUGUGGUUGGGGGCGGCGUACGAAGGUCUGUGUGCGGCGUCGGCGCUUGUGUUGUACCCGGAGAUGCAGAGGAGUGUCCCUUUGCAACGAAACGCGAGUCUGCAGGAAGGCUCGUCCCCGAAGAAGACGGUGGUGGUGAGUAGCAUCGACGUGGGGGCCCGGAAGGCCUCAAUCCCGAAUACGCUGGCACCGGAAGAUAUUUCGAAACGGUAUAGAGAAGCCAUUAUUCACUAUAGCAAGUAUCAGAACGCCGGGAUAGUGGAAACUGAGGCUAGUUUUAAAGCAGCGCGGAUCGCAGUCGAGCAAAACCACUCCCUACAAGCCGCCAGUUUUCUCCAGAAUGUCGUCUAUAUCAACCUGACGCUUUCGGAACAGGAGAAAAUCCAACGAUUCGAGACCCUAGCGGAACUCUAUACGCAGAUCGGGUUUACUCGGAAGGCCGCCUUCUGUCAACGAUUGGCCGCGACUAGAUACGUUUCUCCGCAAAACCCCGCCCCCAACUGGAACCGGUGCUACAACCUCAUGUUGCAGAGUCUGCCGGGACACCGACUCUCGCUCGACCCUGCGGAAAUGCGCGAAGUCGAGCAAGGGUGGCCGGUGCUCCAGAUUCAGUUGUUGCAAGAACUGGUGGUCGCUGCCAAAAGAAUGGGUCACUCGGCUUUGGCUACCCGUCAUAUGACGUUUCUUUUGCAGACGAUGUGGUCGCAUUUAACCCCCACCGAACAGAAGGAGUUGUGCAUACAACUGCAGGCGCUGUCGUCGCAGUGCGAGGGGUCCCCGGUGCCCCUGGUGCUCGACAACGGGAUUGUCAUCCCGCCGGCCAAUUUGACGAACAUUCCGCUGUGUCAUUCCUACGUUUUGAGGAAUCUUCAGCCGCAUUUGCAGCCGAGGAAAAUCCAGGCGGUGAAGCAGGAUACGGGACCGUUCCUGUUCACGCCGAUUCACUUCGGGAGUCUGGAUAGGAGGAGCACCGGGAGCCAAUCCAAAAUGGGUUUCCUCUGGGUGGAGAACGAGCCCUGCGAGGUCACCCUCAAACUCUCCAACCCCCUCCCCUUCGAGCUCAAAGUCUCCGACAUGCGCCUCCUCACCUCCGGCGUCGUCUUCGAGUCCCUCCCCGAAACCGUCGUCCUCUCCCCCUCCGGCUCGCCCCCCAGCGUGAUCACCCUCCACGGCACCCCCCGCGAAAGCGAAGGCCAACUCCAGCUCCAAGGCUACAGCACCCACACCCUCGGCGUCAAAUCCAACUGCCGCCUGCGCCACAUGGCCGGCUUCCCCCCGCACUACGAAGUCGAGAUCGUCCCCUCCCUCCCCCUCCUCGACGUCAAGACCUCCCUCCCCCAAAGCUCCACCUUCUCCUCGUUCCACGACUACGAGAACGUCGUCACGUCGGCGAGCGUCAGCCUGCACCACGGCGAGAGCGCCGAGUGCACCGUCACCAUCACCAACAUCGGCCACGUCGACGUGGAGAUGCUGGAGAUCACCAUGCAGACGGUGCUCGAGCCGGGCCUGCAGGAGCAGAUGUUCACCUGGUCGAAGGAGAACCUGCUGAGUCAGCUGCCGCUGAAGCCGGGCUGCGCCGCCAGUCUGACGCUGUACCUGUACGCGGCGGGCAGCUUCCUGGUGCCGGGGGGAACAGCGAACGAGUUCAGCAGCGGGGUGUUCAGUAGCAGCAUCUCGGGGCCGGGGUCGCUGCCGUCGAGACUCAACUCCCCGAGCAGCAGCUUCCAUAGGAACGUGAAUUCGAGCUUCCGCUCGUCGAACUCGGGGCACUCGAGUAUGAGUGCGACCCUCCAGCUGCCGCAGCUGCCGAUCAACCAGCAGGCGGCGGCGGUGGUGGAGGGGCAGCUGCAAAUUCGGUAUAGCGGCGGCCCGGGCUUGCAGGCGGCGUAUUGUAGGUGCUGUUCGGUGUUUCUGACUAUGGAGACGGUGCCGUCGCUGCACGUAACGAACUGGGACGUGCUUCCGGCGGAAACGAAUACUCAGUUCUACUUGGUGUUGGACGUCGCGAAUUUAACUUCUCAAGAGAUGGAGUUGCAGUAUACACCUUCCAAGACCAUGUUGAUCGAGGGACACGAGAGUUGCAGAGUCCCCGUACCGGUGAAACGGUGCCCUUUGUCCAAACUCGAUACCGGCGAAAAUCUAGCGAGCGGUGAUUUAGAUCGGAUUUGUUCGGAGCACAUCGCCAAUCUCGUCGACUUAAGGUGGCACUUGCUGGGGACCGACACGAGGGGUAAAGCGUCCCUUAAAGGAAUCACUCUGACCAACGACAUGUUGGACGAGGUUAGAAUGUCGCCGCUGCUUUGGGAGGUGGUGAUUAAUGAGGAUGCCGUCAGACCUCAGGAGGAAGUGACGUGCGAGGCUGGGGAUUGUCUCGAGUUGAAGAUUUUGGUCACCAAUAGUCUAGACAAGGUUUUAAAUCAUUUAUCGUUGUCGGUUCAGUUUUAUCAGGAUUAUGAGAAUGGAACGGUUAAUUAUAGGAUGGAGACCAGGUUGGCCACCACAGGAACGACAAAGAAAAUUAUGGAGGAGCUGGAACCCCAAGGGAGGGCGCAGCACGAGUGCAACGUAAUUUUUUUCACGCCCGGACAGUACAAGAUCGACAUUCAAUGUUCGUCGCCCGAUAACGCCACAACGGUCCCUUGUUUACCCUCAAACGGUCACGUUUGGAGGUUCACGCCGCCGGUGAAUGUACUUGUAAAUUGACUUAAGUAGGAUUAGGUGCUAGCUAUAUUGUAAACAAUACACUUACGCAUUCGAAAA